GCCGUUCUGACUCAAGGCGGCACGUGCACCGGCGCGCGGGAUUCGCGCGAUCGCUGGCGCGGCAUCUGCGACCAGGACGCCAUGGGGCUGCACCAGCAACGCUGCGCUCGGCUUGAGGGCCUGGCAUCUCGCAGGUCCACGCCAGGGAAUCAGUGUGCUGUGAAUGCCCUCAGUCUGUGGAGCUGGGGAUGCCGCUGAAGUACUAGUGCGCAUCCGAGUGCCCACUGGCGCCGUCGUGGACACCGGCAUCACCGUGCGCGCCACCAAUCCCGUUGCCACCACCUCUGGGAGACCUGCGGCCUGCUUGCCCGCCUCAGGAGCGGAGCGGGGGCGCGAGUCUCAUAGAGGCUGGGGUAUGCCCGCCUGGUGCGAUGAUGCCGCAGCCCACCUCUGAAUCACCAGUUCCAGCAGUACCAGUGCUACACUUCCGAGAUGGUGUGGUCGGUUGCGGAGUGGGGCGAAGGUGAAGUUGCAGGGCAGGCAGGAGCGGCAGACGAAGUGCGUAGUAGAGCAGUCCUCCAAGAAGAAGGUCGCGGCGGCAAGGGUGUGGUGCCGAACGUGCUGUAGGAUCCGCGAGGCGCCCUCCUGCAACCCCGAGGCCGCCUUACCCUUGGAGCAGCAGUGGGUGCAGAUGGAGGUGGUGGAGGAUGCCAGCCUGGAGGCCGAGGAGACUUGGGGUGCGUGGCAGCCUGCGGCCGCCUCUUCGGCGAGAGGGGCGGUAAUGCCGCUAAGGAGGCACAGGAGCCAGCACACGGUGGAGUUCGAGACGGAAUAAUAUCGUGAAGGGUCAAGGAGCGGGGUCUGAGGAAUAUCGCUUGACCGACACAGAGGAGCAGGACGUCGCCUUUUGCUGCCCGAUCUUGCCUUGGGAGUUCCAUGUUGGAACAGAGCCUGCUUAUCCUCGAGUGCCAGAUCCAGAGGAAGGUGGAGUUCGAGAUGAUGCUCGUGAAUCUGACUACGGAGGUUGCGCGCGGAAGGAACUGGUGGAUCCCAGUUUUUCGUUGGCCUCAUCGGCGUUGGGUGGUCGUGCGUGCUGUGCGACAUCGUCGACUUCGGACUCUGACUUUUCGCUUGGGCCUGCUGGUUGUGGAGGCUGCACGGUCUCUCCUCCCAGUCACUGCCCUGGCCUCAAGCUUGUGCUUGCUGGUGUUCGUGCAGGGCAGGUCUUGGGAGUUCGUUGUCGGCGAGGGGCUUGAAGAACUCGGCGGGCAGUUCCCGAGCAGCAUGGGGUAAAGGCUCUGUGUGCCUGAGGUCGGGUUUCCGUUAGAUUUCGGAGCAGCGCGAUAUGGAUUUUCACGCACUGGUGGAUUUUUUCGAUAUGAUUGUCGAGAAGAGGGUCUUGAUGAUCCAGCAGCCGCCUUCCAGAUUUCGACCUUCUGGUCCUGAGAGCGCUCAAGAUCAUGGUCUGGGGUCCUCACCGCCUGUGUUCUUCCAGUUUCUAGGCGAGAUGCCCAUCGCCCGCUCCUGCGCCGUCCGCA